CGCGCCCAGUUCAAUCGGAGGGACGCGGUGCAUCACUUGUUUAUCACCACUUUUCCCACUUCCUUCCCCCGCUCUCGACGCGCCCAUUACCCGUCCAGACAAUUGGCCUCCGAUCUCUUCGAUGCCAGUCGUCCGGCUGCCCCUAAUGGACACUUCAGAAAACACCGCGACGCCGUCUCCGGCUCCGGCCUCCCGCCGCCGGUCUGGCCGUCAGACGCGAGUCCCCGAGAAGUUCCAGCCCGAGAUCACGAUCGCGCCGAAACGCAAGAGGGGCGAGCAUGACGAGGAGGAAGAUGUCGAAAACCACGACCCGGAAGGAGAAGAGGGAGAUGAGGAGUCCAGCGAAGACGAUUCCGACGACUCUCCUGCCGAGGAGGAGCGCGCCAAGCCCAAGAAGAAGAGGACCGCGUCGCAACCGUCGCGAGCCAAGAAACCAGCCGCAAAGAAGCCCAAGAUCAAUGGCGCAGGCCCUGGUGCAGCUUCAGUGACAUUGGGGCUACCUAGUAGGCCGAAGGCGAAGAAAAGCGUGCGCGUUAUGACGGGCGACAGGCGCGACGGCGAUGGAGUAUAUGCGGACAUAUUCGGAUCCGGCGAUUCAUCGAAUGACGUAGCAAGUCGGUGGUAUCAGAAGUAUAAAACCGACAAUGAGGCAGCCGUGACAGACCUCGUCAACUGCGUCCUCCUAGCCGCGGGGUGCGAUGAGCAGGUGACUGAGGACGACAUCCGGGAUCCCGACAAUAUUCAAAACCGCCUGUCAGAACUGCAGGAUCUAUACCAGGAGAAACAAAUCACCGACUACCCAUUAGCGAGGCCAAAGGAGAGCAGGAGCUUCCGGGACUUGCUUGUCAACUUCUUCGAAUCAUUGAUCAACGUAUUCCACGAGACAGAUGUACUCUACACGGAUGAACCACUCAUGGAGAAUAUUGCGCGCUGGUUGUACACCAUGUCAUCAUCGACUUUGCGCCCAUUUCGACACACAGCCACAACAAUCGCUCUUGCCAUGGAGCUAGCCAUGGCCAGCGUCGCCAAGAAACUUGACGACAGGAUCACCAAGACCGCGCAACAAGUUGACACCGAGAAGAGCCGGAAAGGCAAGAACAAGAAUAAGGAGAUGCUUGCCAACCUGCAAAGGUCUCUCAACGAGGCAAACAACAACCGUGAGAUGUGUGGCAAGUACAUGCUAGACAACUUUGAAGUUGUAUUUGUUCACAGGUAUCGUGAUAUCGACGCGCGCAUCCGGACAGAGUGCGUCGAGGCCCUUGGGUCAUGGAUCUGGGUUCUGCCAACAGUCUUCAUGGAACCUGAGUAUUUGAGAUACUUGGGCUGGCUGCUCUCAGACAUUGUACCGUCUGCCCGCCAGGAGGUGCUCAAACAGCUCUCGAGGGUGUUCAAGCGUGAUGCCUCCAAGCUCGGCCAUUUUAUCGACAGGUUCCGACCUCGUCUGAUGGAGAUGGCUACACAAGACCUGGAUGUCAGCGUGCGUGUUGCAGCCAUCGGGGUGAUUGAGACCCUUGGGGAGGCAGGCAUGCUUGAGCCCGAUGAGAUUGAUGCAGUUGGCAAGCUCAUUUUCGACUCAGAGCUGCGGAUCCGGAAGGCGAUCGUCAAAUUCUUCUCCGAUGCAGUCCAAGCUGCGGUCGAACAGAAAGUUGAGGCGAUCGGCGGCGAGGAGGCCGUCGAGGAGAUGUUUCCCGAAGGCGAGGAUGUGGAUGACACUGCACCCCGGGCCGAUUGGCUUGAGGUGAAGGCAUUGGCGGAGACGCUCGCAGUCUACGAAUCACAGCUUGAAGAUGCAGACGAAGAUGAGCGACGCGGACUGGACAUAUCCGCGGAUAUGAUCAAUGCAACCGCCCCAGACACACGCAUGUCGCUUGCGUCUCAAGUGCUAUACGAGAAGAUGGAGACGGUCAAGAGCUGGGAGCUGCUGGCUGGCUUUCUACUGCACGAUCACUCAACAAGCACGAAAUCGAGGUCCAAAUCAAAGGCGAACUCAACCGAAGCAGCAAUGCGACAGCACAUCGCACCCACGACACAAGAGGAGGCCAUCCUACUCGAGGUGCUGGUGGCAGCUGUCAAACAAAACCUGGUUCAUAUUCAUGACGCCGAAAAGGGGAAGAAGAAACCAACGAGGGGCGAUGUGGCCGAGUCUGCGGAAGAAGUUGCUUUACAUCUGGCACAAGUGAUUCCAAAACUCCUCAAUAAGUUCGGGGCCGACCCGAAAACCGCCACAACCGUCCUGCGCCUUCAGCACCUACUUGACCUGGAUGUGUUCCAACAACUUCGACAGGAGUCCUCGACAUUUGAACACCUCCUGGACGGGAUAUGCACGCAGUUUACGAGGCAUGGGGACAAAGACGUGGUCUCGGAAGCAACGCUCGCUCUACUUCAUUCUCGGAAGUGUGAAGAAUACGAAGAGACGGUGGAUCUCAAAAUAUCGGCACUGUGGGAGAAUCUGAUCGACUCCUUGCGUGUCUUCGACAAAUCUCAUGAUCUCUCAAGACGAGGCGGCCUGAGCGGAUCAAUCCUCCUAGGUCUUUCCACGACGCUUAUGAAGAUUAGCAGCCUGGCAAGAGUCAAGGACUGCAUCGAUGUUCUGGAAGCCGAAGGCACUUCUGAGGGCUCUACGGCUCCAGCCAUUGAGAUUUUGACCAGGUCGGUUCACCGUGGUCGCUUCCAACAGGCUGACGAGGAUCUUGAUGACCUGGAAGAUGAGGCCACUUCAUAUGCGAUCAAGUGCUGCCACUUCUACUUCAUGUGGAAGGUCUUGUCACUUACGAGCGCCAUCGAAAUGCAGACUGACGUGUCAAACGAGGCAAUAAGCCGCCUCGCAAGCCUCCGGAAAACGUACCAGGCGAACUUGAUUCACACGCUAUCAUCCAGAGCUAUCAACGACGACCUGCGUUUGUUUGCUACUGGCAGCCUCUGCGACCUGCACAUUACUUUCAGCUCCAUUCGGCGCACCCUCGAGCGGUGGUCGGCUGUUGGUGCGGCGAAGAAAUACGCCGGUCUCUUGCCCUUGGUCCAAGAGAUUCAACCGGGCCUCAUCCCUGAGCUCAUUAAUGUUUUUGACGGAGCUGAACGUACAUUUGCCAAGAAGACCAAGAGGCAUCUCAACGAACCCGCCGAAGACGAGGACCCAAUCGAUGAUGAUCAACUCUCUGAUGCAGAGGACGAAGAGGAAAUGUCAGCAGAGGAGAAACGAGCAUCGGAGCUCCGAGCAGAGAAGGCCUUGUGUGAGCUUACGGCCAAGUAUGUCGUUGCCAUUCUGUCGAAGACGGUGGACCAGAACGGGCCUCAUGCAGGCAAGCUCAGGAAGCGACUACUACGCAAUUCAGUGAAGCUUGGCAACAAUUUCAAAGAGACGGUUGCAUUCUUGGACGAGAAGAAGAUGAGAGACAUGGAGGAGGCGAAGAAGAAGAAGGCCGCCUCAAGAGCGAAGAGCAAGCAGCCCGCCGCGGCGAAGCAGCCCGAGAAGCCGGCCCUCAGCGCCGAGAUAAUAGUCGCGGACGACGACGAUGACGACUCGGAUGCUGAGCAGCCGGAGGAGCCGGAAGAGGGCACGGAGGAGGACCUGCGAAGGCGGGAGCUGCUGGAGGAUCCUAUCGAAGACCACGACAGCGAGGUCGACGGGCAACCUGCCGCUGAUCAUGGUGCUGAUGACGAGUCGAUCCUGGGAGACUGAAAACACGAAAAUGAAAAUACAGAAAGUCUCUUCUGAGCCUGGCGUUUUGGAGAGCUGGUGGGCGGGCAUGGUCGAAAGGGUUGGCGGGUCGACGGACAGACCGACUUCCUGACCGGUAUGGAUAGUGACAACAACUUUUGCAUGAUUCUUUGGCCGCCUGGUCUGGUCUUUUGUGUUUGUAAUGAAUCUCUUGUGGCAGGCUGGCGAGGGUUUUAGAAGCUCUAGCACACAGGGGGAAAAAACGGGAGCGGACAGGCCUUGAGGGGAGGGGGCAGUUUCGCUUGGGAUGAAUGACGGUAAAUACUUUUCCUUCUACACAACGGUCAUGAAUGCCCUUGUUACAUACCCUUGAAAUCGACGCUGUUUUUUGAGA